AGGAGAGAUGGUGGUGGAAAUGGAGAGGGUUGGUGGAUUGGAAAGUUAUUCAGGAAGGAGAAUCGACAGGAAAUGGAGGUGUAUUUAGCGCAGGACAGAGAGGUGCCAAGGAUGACUCCUAGUUCCUGGCUUGCUCGCGGAUGUUUGUUGAGUGAAUGAACGAAUGACCCCACGGCAGAAGCAUCCCCGACAGACACCCCCGACCCGGUCCCGUCCCGUCCCGUCCCCGAGGCUUCUGGAGCUCCGAGCGCGAGCACAAGGGGAUGGGGGGAGGGAGGGAGGAGGAAGAGAAUGGGCAAGAGUCUCCGUCCAGGAGUUAAGCAGAUUGGACACUUCUGGCGCUGGUCUGAGCAGGAGGCGCGGCGAGGGGUGCAAGCCCUUCUCCUCUCCUCCCUCAGUUUGCGCGUCGCCCCUCCACCCCCGCCAGCCCGGAUGCACAGCGCCCCUGUUCGCGCCCUGGAGGGCUUGGCUUCUCGCCGGCGUCUCGGGGCGCGGCGCUGCGGCCCACCCCUGCAGCCCUGACCCGCCCCGUCCCGGCGCCCACCCCGCCCAGUGCGCUGGAAGGCUGGGCGGCGGCUCGGUCCGGUCCCGGAUCCAGAACCGGGGGCUGCCGGGAGCUGACAUGGACCCAAAUCCCCGGGCAGCCCUGGAGCGCCAGCAGCUCCGCCUUCGGGAGCGGCAGAAAUUCUUUGAGGACAUUUUACAGCCAGAGACAGAGUUUGUCUUCCCCCUGUCCCACCUGCAUCUCGAGUCGCAGAGACCCCCCAUAGGUAGUAUCUCAUCCAUGGAAGUGAAUGUGGAUGCCCUGGAGCAGGUAGAACUUAUUGACCUUGGGGACCAAGAUGGAGCAGAUGUGUUCUUGCCUUGCGAAGACCCUCCACCAACCCCCCAGACAUCUGGGAUGGACGACCGUCCAGAGGAGCUGGGCCUGCCAACGGCCACGCCAGACAGGACCGCUUCCCGCACCUCCUCCUCGUCUUCUGAUGACUCCACCAACCUGCACAGCCCAAAUCCCAGUGACGGCGGAGCGGACACGCCCUUGGCACAGUCUGAUGAGGAAGAGGAUGGGGCCGAUGGGGGGGCAGAGCCUGGAGCUUGCAGCUAGCAGUGGGCGUCCAUGUAUAGACUGAGCGGGCUGGCUCUUCCACACAGGAGACGAGAGGCCCAGCCAGAGCCCUGCGGAGAAGACCAGACUCUUUACUUGCAGCAGGCACUGGGGGGAGGCAAGGAUGGUGGGAUGGUGAGCCUCUCUGGGAAUCAACCCUCCUGCUUUACUGCUAACCUUUCCUGCUGCGACCCGCCCGCCCCCCCCCCCCCCCCCCCCCCGCCAGUUUUUGGCUUUACUCCUGAGGCAGGGCUUGCAGGCGCGGAGAUGGAAGAUGAGGUAGGACGAGAUGCCGCUGCUUUUCCUAGCGCCCCUGCCUCCCCCAGACUAUCCUGCAGUCUUCUGAUAGAGUCUCCUACACCAGUGUCUCUAAGUGGACGUGAACUCCUAGCACUCCCCGUGCAGUGGUACCCCUGCUCCCCCACCCCCUGUUUGGGAACAGGGCACGGAAUAAGUAAUAAACAGAUAAUAAUAUA